AUGAAAUAUUUAAGUUUAAUUUUCACUUUGUUUAUUUUUUUUUUAAAUUUUAAUUUUAUAUUAAGCAAAUUUGCACUUUUUAAAACAAGCACUUCAAAUCCAGAGUUUAGCAUAGCUUCCAAUUGGAACACAUCAGAAAUUCCAUCACAAAAUGACAUAGCUUUUAUAAAUACUGAACAACCAAUUAAAAAAGGGUUGACAGUAACUAGUGAAUUGGCAAAUGUAAAAGUGGACAAUUUAAUUUUGGGCGAUUCAAGUGUAGAUUAUGAUUCAGAUACAGCCUUUUUAACAGAUAGAAAUGUAACCGCCAAUGCCCUUUGGGUAGAUAUGGGUACAUCCUUUUUAGCAACAUUAAGUUAUAUUAAUAGUUCGGUGGUGUUUAACAUUGGUAGAGUGUAUAUAUUGUCAGGUGUAUUCGAAUCAAAGAAACUAAUUUCAGUAUAUGGCGCCGUGGUAGCAUUAGAAUAUACAGCUGCAGGAACCCACUUUAUCAGUUUCGAGGAGCAGUCUUUGCUAUUUUUAAAUCAUAGCACACUAGUUUCUUUAAAUGAUGAUCCAGCAUUCCCAAUUUAUGGUGGUUCUACAAUAUUAUCCAUAGGUUCAUCAAUUGAAUGUCAACUUAACAAUCAACAAGGAGCUUUAGAAAAUAUUUUCACUCUUACUAAUUCAAAGUUACAGCUAUUAGAUUCAAAUCUUAUAAGCGAAAAAAUAAUGAUUAUAAAUGGUUUAUCAGAAAUAACAACAAUCACCUCAAAUAUAACUUUUAUAAAUUUUGUGUUCCUAUCAGAUGAUGUAUUGCUAGAUAUUAGAGAAAAUUCAAUAAUUGUUUUGUAUCAGCCUCUAUUUCUCGAUCAAAAUGCAGCUAUUGUCACCAGGAGUCAAUCAUCAAUUAUAAUUUACAACCACGUUAAACUUUACAACAACACAUUAAUGUAUUUCCAAGAUUCAACUAUCAUAAUUACAAAAGAAGAAAAUAUAGAGUAUUUUGAAGACCUAGUGUUAUAUGUCCAAGGAGACUCCCAAUUUGUAGUUUUAUCCUCAACUAUUUAUUUAGAGAAAGCAUCUUUAACAACAACAGACAAUAGUAAAUUAAUUUUAAAUAGCACCAUUGCCUACAUCAGAAAUCACUUGGUUUUAAAUGAUACCUCCGAAAUUUUCUUCCACGAAUCAGAGGUUCUUAUUAGCGAAAAUGUUGUUUUAACAAACCUUUCAAAACUCACAGGUUUACAAAGUAAUGUUACAAUUAAAGGAUUUUUAUAUUUCACUGAUGAAUCAUUCUUUUAUUUCGACUCUUCAAAUAUCACUAUUGAUGGUUCAUUUAUAGACUUGACCAAAAUAUUUAAAAGAGGGGGUGUACUUAAUUCAAAUAUUGUAGUAAAUGGUGUUUAUAUAAACGUUGGUUUCUUUGUAUUAUAUGAUUCUUCUUUAGUAUGUAACAAUGAGUUUGUAAAUAUGGGAUAUUCAAAUAUUACAAAUAGUUUGGUAACUGUAAAUAAAGGAAACUUUACAAACUUUGGCGUUGUUCAAACAACAAAUUCAAAAUUAGAGGUUAAUAAUGGCUCCAUCAUUUUAUCAUCGCAUUCGAUAAUGAAGAGUGUGGACUCAUCCAUCACUAUUAACGAAGGUACUAUUAUAAUGGAACCAUUUGCCCAAUUAAAUCUUACAAAUACUGUAAUUAAUAAUAAACAUGGUUCAUUGUAUGCCAGUGGUGAUAUUGUCAUUGAAACAGGUAGCAGUUUGGUAAAUGGGGGUACUUUAGUUUUACAUUCAAAUAUUUUAUUAAAUGAAAACUCAACUGACUACAAGGGCGUCGAAAGAGUUUUAAAUCAAGGUUUAUUCGAAAUUAAAAAUAAUAUUACAGAAGGUGAAACCGUUUCAUCCAUUUUAUUACCAUUUUUAAACACUGAUGGUGGCAAAAUUGAUAUUUCAAAAACUGUAAAAGUAGGCUCUUUAACUCAAGAAAACGGUGCUUCCCUAUUACUUUCAACAUCAAACUCAUCACUAGAAAUCGAAAGUGUUUUAAAAACAAACUUAAAUGACACCAUUAGCCUUACUCUUGACGAUUCAAAUAACUCUUUAAUUUCAAUUCAAAAAGAAUUUAUAAACAAUAACUCCACUUUGGUGAUUAGAGUCGACGUUAAUAGAAAAGAAGAAAAAAAUACUACAGUUAUAAAGUGGUCUAAUAUCUCUGGAUCUGGUUUUAAUCAAAUUCAAUUCAAAUCAUAUGACCCAGUAACAGGCAAAGAAACUGACAUUAAUAAUGACUGUCAUCAAGUAUACAAAUCGACCAAUUCUCUAAAUGUAUUAAUUACAAAUGGAUGUGGAAAUAAAUCAUCAUUAUCAAAAGGUGUAAUUGUUGGUAUUGUGGUAGGGGUUGCUGGCUUAGCCGCUAUUUUAGGUACACUUAUUUAUUUUAAAAAGAAAAUAUAUUAUAACUAUGUCUACAAAGUAAAAGAAAAAAUUAAUAUCAAACUCCAAUCUAGAUAA